AUGAUGAACUCCGAAAUGAGUAGCAGUAUGCAUUCAGGACGACCAGAAAGUGAUUUUAGUAUCGAGUGUUUUCAGAAUUACACUGCUCCUGAAGUGUUUGUUCAAGGAUUAGCAGGACUAGUCAAUCAGACCGAUGUAGAAGUGAUGAUACGGGCGCAGAAGCAAAUGUUGCAACGGUUUGAGAAAACUAACGAAAUGCUUCUCAAUUGUAAUGCGCUUAGUGCAAGUCGGUUAAAAAUAGCAACAGAUGACUUCAAAAAGCACACGAAGCUUUUGAAUGAUAUGAAAAAGGAUUUGGAUUAUAUUUUUCGUAAAAUCCGUUCAAUCAAAACAAAAAUAGGAAUCCAAUAUCCGACUGCAUUUGCAGAGGCGAUGGCCAAAAAUAAACCAAUCAGUUUCGACGAAGAAGAUGAAAUUGAUACGGGCAGCCGUGCUGAGACAUUGGACGAGAAAAAGGAUCAACCUGAUGAGGCACCAUCGGUAUCUACUUCUGUUAAAAAAUCAUGUAACAAAAGUAAAUCAUCAUCCAGUAAAAAUGAAAAUGAAGGAAGCGUCAAGGACAGGAAGAAACCGCUUUCUAGUGGCAGCAGGGAAAAUUCAACUGUGGGGUACGUAAAAAUGGAACAAAGUCCGGAGAAUCGUAAGUCAGGCGGUACUUCUAGUGGCGAACAAAAACGUCGUUCAUUCCGAUCGACGCAGAGCAGCUCCACCGACAAUUCCAACGAUUCUUCCGAUUGUACCUCGGAUACAGGUUAAAGCAUGUAUACUUGAUGGUCAAAUGAGAGUGAAGGAAUUGUAACGAUCUCAAUCAUUGCUUGGGCAUUUUAGAUUCAUUAAGAUAGCUUUGAAUUAUAUA